CCUCGGUUCUGUCUCUAGAUGGGGCCCUCUACCAAUACGUAAGCGUGUGCGCGUAAGCUCGCGCGUGCGUCCGCUCCAGUUCUCCAAACUCGCUCGGUUUGUGCGCGAGGACAGAGGCCACUUUGGGAGCAGCAGCUUUGAAGAAGCCGCGCGGCUCUCGACGUCUCCGGCGGACAGCACACGGGAUGCACGCGGCUCCGUUUCCCCCUCCGAACCCGCAUCUUUCCCGCUCCUCCAUGUCGGACUCCUCCGCCACCUGGAAAGUGCGCUUUCUCUCCGGCUGCUGACUUGGAAAACAAGAAGAAGAAGAAAAGGUCCAGCAGAAGAAGCCCAGCUCCUAAAAACUGGAUGCAGUUACCUUCCGUCUCAUUUUUUAUUUAUUUUUAAUAUUUUCCUGCGCACGUUAGUGAGUGGAAACUGGUGCUAUGGCUACGUGCCUGAAGAGUUUGCUCUGGAUGCUUUCCUUGUUUCCAUGUCUGAGAUGUGACGCCGAUCCAGGUCUGUCAGUGGAUACAGAUGGUCUGGCUGAAGCUCAGAGUGGAGCUGCACCCACAGCUGAAGGUUAUUUCCUGGAGUUCCAGGAGCCGGUCAACAACAUCACCCACUUCCAGGGCCAGACAGCCACGCUGCACUGCAAAGUGACAGGAAACCCACGACCGUCCAUCCGCUGGCUGAAAAACGACGCCCCUGUGGUGCAGGAGCAGGGACGCAUUACCAUCCGCAAGACCGAUGCGGGAUCCAAGCUCCGCAUCCAGGACCUGGACACAACAGACACCGGCUAUUACCAGUGCGUCGCCUCCAACUCACUCAAGGUCAUCUCUGCCACAGGCGUCCUGUACGUCAAACUAGGACAGAUGCCCACACAUGGCCCAGAUGAACCGUCGCGUGAAAAAGGUUUCUGCCAGCCAUACCGAGGCAUUGCCUGUGCUCGCUUCAUCGGCAACCAGAGCAUUUAUGUCGAGUCCCUGCAGAUGCAGGGGGAGAGUGAGAACCGCAUCACAGCCGCCUUGACUAUGAUUGGCACCUCCACCCACCUAUCGGACCAGUGCUCCAGGUUUGCCAUCCCGUCCUUCUGCUACUACGUCUUCCCGCUGUGUGACGAGGUCUCUCGGGCCCCGCGGCGCCGCCAGCUCUGUCGAGAUGAGUGCGAGGCCCUGGAGAACGACCUGUGCCACACUGAGUACACCAUCGCCCGGUCCAAUCCCAUGAUCCUCAUGCAGCUGGAGCUCCCCAGCUGCCACCUGCUGCCGCGGCCGGGCACCGCCGAAGCUGCUUCCUGUAUGAGGAUAGGAGUGCCAGCAGAAAAACUGGGUCCAUAUUCCCCCUCGGACCACAGCUGCUACAAUGGAAGCGGGGAUGACUACAGGGGCACAGUGAGCAUCACUGCGUCGGGCCAUCACUGCCAGCCGUGGAGCGCUCAGUACCCUCACAGCCACCACCUGACCCAGGAGUACCCCGAGCUCUGGGGAAGUCACAACUUCUGCCGUAACCCAGGGGGCCAGAUGCAGGCGCCCUGGUGUUUCACCCUGGACCCUCAGGUCAGGGUGGACCUGUGUGACAUCCAGCCCUGCAAGCCUCCAGAGAACCCCAGGAAGGAGAUCCUGUUCAUUCUAAUCCCCGCCAUCGCCAUCCCAUUGGUCAUCGCUUGCCUCUUCUUUCUGGUUUGCAUGUGUCGCAAUAAGCAAAAGGAAUCGUCGGACACACCACUCCGCUGCCAGCUCAGCAGCUCACCUAGCCCGGACAUGGAGCUGUCUCUCCUCAGUCAGCAGAAACAGCAGGCCAAGCUGCGGGAGAUUAACAUGUCAGCAGUACGCUUUAUGGAGGAGCUUGGCGAGGAUCGCUUUGGCAAGGUUUACAAGGGCCACAUGUACGGCACGGCACCUGGCGAGCAGACCCAAGUGGUGGCCAUCAGAACAUUAAAGGACAAAGUGGAUGCCACUCUCUGUGAGGAAUUCCGCCACGAAGCCAUGCUCCGCUUUCACAUCCAACACCAAAAUAUUGUCUGUCUGCUGGGUGUGGUCACUAAAGAGCAGCCAAUGAGCAUGAUAUUCACCUACUCCGGCCUUGGCGACCUGCACGAGUAUCUGGUGAUGCGCUCCCCUAACUCAGACGUUGGCAGCUCAGAUGAUGGCAAGACAGUCAAAUCCACACUGGAGCAGGCUGAUUUCCUUCAUCUUAUCACCCAGAUUGCUGCUGGAAUGGAGUACCUUUCCAGCCAGCAAGUAGUCCAUAAAGACCUUGCUGCCCGAAACAUUCUGGUCUUUGACAAACUCAGCAUCAAGAUCCUGGACAUGGGCCUGUUCCGAGAUGUCUACUCUGCUGAUUACUACAACCUCAUGGGCACAAGCCCUUUCCCCAUUCGUUGGAUGUCCCCAGAAGCUAUUAUGUAUGGCAAGUUCUCCACCGACUCGGACAUCUGGUCUUACGGGGUCUUGCUGUGGGAGACUUUCAGCUACGGUCUGCAGCCAUACUGUGGCUACUCCAACCAGGACGUGAUUGAGAUGGUACGCAGCCACCAGCUCCUGCCUUGUCCAGAUGACUGCCCAUCCUGGAUCUACACCCUCAUGCUGGAGUGUUGGAGCGAGUUCCAAGCAAGAAGGCCUCGCUUCAAGGACAUCCACACACGCUUGCGCUCCUGGGAAAACCUGUCCAACUAUAACAGCUCUGCUCAGACAUCUGGCACCAGCAACACCACCCAGACCAGCUCUCUCAGCACCAGCCCGGUUAGCAACAUCAGCAUGAGCACAGCCAAUGCGUCACGCUACACCAGCCCUAAAAAGAGCUUGCCAUUCCAUCAGCCCCAGUUCCUGCCCAUGAAGGGUCAAAUGCAUCGGCAGAUGGUGCCGCAGCAGCUCUACAUCCCCGUCAAUGGAUACCACCCCAUGCCAGCUUACCAAUACCUGCAGAACUUUUACCCCAUGCAGAUACCCAUGCCCAUGCCCCACCAGCAGAUGCACCACCCGCCACAGAUAGUUAGCAAAGCCGGUUCUCACCAUAGUGGCAGUGGAUCCACGUCUACAGGCUAUGUCACCACUGCCCCCUCCAACACUUCUGUCACAGAGCGAGCAGCUUUACUAAACGAUGACUCCAAGACCAAUGAUGAGGACUUGGCUGAUCAGGCGUCCCAGCAAGAGCUGGACCACAACAAGGACCUGAUAGUGCCUGAAACAGAGUUGCUAGGUGACAGUGACCCCCCACAGACUGAUGAACUGGGGAUGCACUUGUCAGACACAUAAGUGCAAGCUGUUUGCAGUAGAGCCCAAAUAUUCUGUGAGCCGUGCUUGCCAAAAAUUCAAUAAGCAGCAUAAAGUGACGUGAACAGUUUUGUGGAACGGUGACUGAAUGUUUUUUACGAGUUUCUUAGCUAGUACUGACGCAUUUUGAAUGUCAAGUAUGUCUCGUGUUUGUACCUCUCAAACUCCUGUGUCAAGCAAGUCAUUAAGCAAAAUGAAUCUGCAAUCUCCUCUAUAGACCUUGUUUUUAUAAUGUUGCCAUUCAGAGGAAUUUAUGCUGUUGCUGUUGCUGUGCAACACAAAACAUUUUCUUCCCCACAACUACUUCAGAGGAUGCCUUGCCUUGAUGGGAGUUUUGCCUUCUCUACAGCAGGGCUAUUCACUGGGCGAGGGCAGGAUUCAUGCCCCCAACGACUACCCCCCACAUCGGGCACCACACCCCUCUAUACAGGCACCUCGACCUGACAGAAGGAAUUGCUAGCUCAGCAAAACGUCAGAUGAUCCCUCACCCUCUUCCCACCCACUCACUAUGCCAGUUGUGUUUAUUGGACACAACCAGACUAGAGGUAUUGCUACCAGAACCCAGAACUUUUUUUGAGCAUGUUUUGGCCUUUAUUUGAUAGGCCAGCUGAAGACAGGAAAGGGGGGAGAGAGGGGGGAUGACAUGUAAAGCAAAGCAAAGGGCCGCGGCUUGGACUCGAACCCUGGCCGCUGCGGUAAGGACUGAGCCUCUGUAUAUGGGGCGCGCGCUCUACCAGGGAGCUACCAGGGAGCUCCCUGUGAGUUUUUUGUAGUGGUGGCGUUUCGCUCGUGCGCAACUUGUGCACCCCAUAUGACAAUAUUUUGUUUUUUGCCAUUAUUAUUCUAUGGUUUGUGAAAGCCAUAAUCAUAGAUUAAUAGAAUGUAUGAUGAAUGGAAAUCCUAUAGGUCUAUGGGUAACUUUGUUAAUAAUUAUACUCACUGAGCUGUAUUUUGGAACUUACCUCCAUCAAACACGCGUCUUCAUUUCCCCCUUGGUUGAUACUUCAAUCAUCGUCUACUUUGAUAACCAAAUUGCACACAUUUGUAUGUACUUUGGUUUCAACAUGUUAUUUGUUUAUAGUUUUUCUUUAUUGGUGAAGAUUCCUAUAGCCUGGUGUAAAUACAAUGUUCUUUCCACCACAUGUUUGCUUAGUCUAAGUGUUUAAGUGUUUUGCCUACAAUAUAAUGUGUACAUCCAUCUAUGGAGUAUCCAAUAAAGUCAUAUGAAUAAAAUGGUGUUUUUCCCCUCGGUAAGAGAAGGAAGUCAUGUCCUAUCACUUGAUAAUAUUUUGUCAUCAUCUGUCAUUACAUGUGCAGAGAGUCUAAUAUAUGGUACACUGCGCAGUCAAGUUACAUUAGGCCAAAACAUAUGCUUUGUAGUGAAGAAAAACAUGUAUCGCUGAUACUAAUAAAAUAAUCUAAAAGAUCA